AUGGAAAUAUGUUUUGUCUCUUUCUCGUUAUUCGUAGCAAAAUAUGAUAUUUGCAAUGUGAAAAGAAUUCCUCUCUCAAUUAUACCCUCCGUAUCCUUUUUUUUUCCAAAAUAUUUUACGAUUAAUGAAUUUUUCAUUCCAUCACAUUUCUUUCAAGUUUACACUUUCCCCUUUUCCCUUUCUCUCUUAUUUUUUCUUUUUCUUUUUCCUUUUCCCUACUCUUUUGCUAGUUUUAACUUUUCUCCUUUUUUCUUCUUUCUUUCCUCUCUUUUCUCCUUUGUCGUACUUUCUCUUUUUUCUCAAUUCCCUAUUAUUUUCUUUGUUUUUCUCAUUUCGCCUUCUUUUUUCUCCUCUUUUACUUGUCCCUUUUUUUUUCCUUUUCCCUUCUUUUUUAUUUUUCUCUUUUCCCUAUCUUUUUCCCUUUUUUUCUCCCCUUUUUCUCCCCUCCCCUUAUUUUUUUCCUUUCCUUUUCUUUUUUGCUUGUUCCUCUUUUUUUUUUCUCACUUUUCUUCCUUUUUAUUUUUGCUUCUUCUUUUUCCUCCAUUUCCUCUUAUUUUCACCACCCCUCCCUUUUCUCAUCUGGUGAGAGUCAAACUUACUACAUUAAAUAAUGGCAUCAGUUUUGUUUGCAAACCAUUUUCUUUCAUUAAAUCACUCUCUCACUUUUCUUCACCUUCUUUUUCUUCCUCUCACCUCUCUCUCUCUCUCUCACCUCUCUCUCUCAUCUCUCUCUCUCUCUCUCUACUUCUUUACAUCUUUUUCCCUGACUCAUAUUCCUAUCUAUCAAAUAUUCUCACCCACCUACACUUCCAUAUUUCAAGGCCUACCGCUUUGUUUCACUAUAUGGGUUACCUGCCAGGUGUUGUCGUAGAUGUGACCUUUCUCCAAAUUAUCUCCCAGAAGUGCUUUUCUCUUACUUUCUCUCCUUCUCUUCUUGUUUUCUUUGUUGUUGUUUUUCUCUCCUCUCUUUUUCUUUCUUUUUACUUUCUUUUUCUAUUUCUCUCUCUUUUUCUUUCUCUCUCUCUUUUUCUGUCUUUUAUUCCACAUUUCCUUAUAUUUCAUUUUCUUUAUCUUUUCCAUUUCCUCUUCAUUCUUUUCCUUUUUUCUUUUUACCAUCUUUCUGUCUGUCUUUCUCACUUGUCUUUUCACUUUUUCUUUAUCUUUUUUUCUCUUUGUUUCUUUUCACUUUUCUUCUUUUUUUCUUUUAUCUUCUUUCUCUUUUUCUUUAGUUCUCUUUUCCUUCCUUUCACUCAAUCCAGCUGCCAUAAUGCUUAA